AUGGCCAUAUAUUCCCUCUGGAUCUUUGAUAGACACUCAAACUGCAUCUACAGCAGAGAGUGGGACAACAAGUCUAAAAGCAGCCUGGUGAAUGUCAACAAUGCCAAAGACACUGCCAAACUGUUGUUUGGAACGAUUUUUUCCAUGAAGAAUAUAUCACAGAAUCUGAGCAAGCAAAAUAAGCUCAAGAGCUUCUCUACCCUAAGGUUCAAAUGCCAUUUCAAAGAGACGGGAUCUGGACUCAAGUUCUGUUUAUUAACGGAUCCAGAAUUAGAAGAUAUGCAAUUUUUGCUGGAUGAGAUCUAUACUUCUUGUUAUGUCAACCACGUCGUGAAAAACGCGUUGAGCCCUGUGGAUUUUAGAGCCGGUCAGGUGAUUGGUAGUGAGCCCUUCACUAGUGAUAUCGACAGGUUGGUGGUGACCUUACCGUCGUUUUCUACGUAA